UAGUUUACAUAAUGGGGCAUUCGAUUCCAACUUUCUUUUUAUACGUCCACACAAUGCGAUGUUCUGAAAUUACCAUACUGAAAUCGACAUAAUUUCAGCAGUCACUUUAAUUAAUGACGUAUCCUCUGUGUUUAAUGAAAUAUAUAUUUUAGCUUAUAAUGAGAAAGCCUGUGACUACUCUGCGUUUGGCGUAUUAUGGAUGCCCAAACCGACCGUUUUUUCACAUAGUGGCUACAAAAAGAAGAAUUGCACGCAACAGAGGGUAUUAUGAGCAAGUGGGGACAUAUGAUCCAUUGCCAAACAGCAGAAAUGAUAAACUCGUAGCACUUAAUAUGGACAGAAUUAAAUAUUGGUUGAGUCAAGGUUGUUCAACUUCAAAACCUGUUUCAAGACUUCUGGCAUUAGCUGGUAUAUUUCCAUUGGACCAAAAAACAUUAUCUCUUGCUAGUCUUAAUACAAGCAAAAAAAAGCAAAGCAAUGAUAUUCUUGUGAAAGAAGACAAAUCAAAUGAUUUAUGACAGCUUGAAUAAAAAUGUAAAUUUUACAAUGAUUGUGUCAUCCUUGCUUUAUAUAAAGUAUUGUGCUUUAAAUUUUGCUGUUUUUAUAUAUCAUAUAGUUAUUAUUAUUUUUUUUUAAACUUUUUUUUAUUUAUAUACCAAUGAUUUAACAUAAUCCAUCAAAACUUAAAAAAUGUGUUUGUGCUUGUGUAAAAAAAUAUAUUUCUGAAUUUUUCAUUAUUUGUGGUAAAGUUUCUAUUUUGAUUCUAAUAACUCA